UCUAAUUGGAUUAUGUCAGUAUAACGUUAUUGCUUUGUAACUAUAAAAGUACGAUUGCGUAAUAAGAUCAUGGAAUAUAAAUUUAUUUUAUUAAUAAUUGCAAUUGUAAUUGUUAUUGCAUUCGGUCAUCCUCAGACAAGUGAUUUACCAAGUGAAGCAAAACCUAAAAAUAAUUUAAAAGGAAAAAUAUCAUUAAUUGAUAAUGUUGGUACUGCAAGAAGAUUGUUCCCUGGGGCAACUUUCACUAAACUAGAUAAAAAUUUAAGAAGCGGGAAAGGGAGCAUUGUAUAUACUUUGGGUAGACGCUCUGGUGGUGAUCGAGUUGUUGCAACGGACAGUGAUCGUGGUGAAUGGGGUUCCGAGAAGGAUAUACAGGUUUUAAUUGAAUAUCCAGCACGUGGACGUGGUGAUAUUGUUACAUAUGUUGCGGUUAUUGUUGAACAAAGUUCAAAUGUAGGUGAUGCAUAUGUUGUUAGCGGUGGUAUCGGACAAAGGAAUAUUGGUUUCAUAAUUGAAGCUAAAGGAUCAAGUUAUAUUAAUUAUGAUGCUUUUAUUUAUGGUAAACCCUGACAAUCAGUUGAAUCAUUACUUGAUAAAUUAAUCGAUUCAAUUUUUGAAUUUUAAUAUUUAUUUUCACUUUAUUAGUAUUUAAAAAAAAUCAUGUGAUUUUAUGUGUUAAAAGCUGGAUACCAAAUUAAAAAAAAAAAUAAUAAUAUUGUUUUUCAUUGUAAAUUAAGUAAAAAUGUUGUGAUUUUACAAAAACAAAAUCUUUAUUUUUCAAAUAUAGAAUAAAUCGUAUCGGCUUAAAUAAAAAUCAACAAAAUCCAUAA